AUGGAAAAUUAUUUAUUAGAAAUUGCUGUCCUUUUUGUUGUCUUCAUUUGUUUUUAUUUUUACUUUGACACCAAAGACAACACUAAUAAGGGCACCGACAGAGAUGACAGCCCAAAACAACAUAAUUCAGUUCCACAAAGUCAAAAUGAUAAUAAAACUUGGGCACAAUCGCAACCACCAUUCUCCGGACCAAAUCUAAAAAGAUAUGCUUGGGCACAACCACAUAACAAAUUGCCUCCAAAUUUCUUCGAACAAAAUGAUUUUGAUUUUAAAACUUGGGCACAAUCUCAACCAUUUCCACCAAAUUUCUUCCAACAAAAUGGUUUUGAUUUUAAAAAUAUCUCAUUUCCACCCUCAAAUCCAAGACCAACACCACAACAAACAGUACAACCAACUCCAAAUCCAACAUCAAGAGCUAGAGCAAGAUCAAAACAAACUCCAACUCUAUUAUUUAGUUUACCAUCACCUCAACCAACACCAAUAACAAGAUCCAAACCAAGACCAGAACCCAACCAACAAUAG